UUGAAAAUAUUUCUAAUCUCCAUGCGAUUUGAAAAUGGCUAAUAGAACGGUAAAAGAUGCGAAAUCUAUUAGAGGUACAAAUCCGCAGUAUUUAGUAGAAAAAAUAAUUAGAUCUCGAGUGUACGAUUCGAAAUAUUGGAAAGAAGAAUGUUUUGCUCUGACUGCGGAACUUUUAGUAGACAAAGCGAUGGAGUUAAGAUACAUAGGUGGUGUAUAUGGCGGAAAUGUAAAACCAACACCAUUCCUCUGUCUAAUAUUAAAAAUGCUUCAGAUACAACCUGAAAAAGAUAUUAUAGUAGAAUUUAUAAAAAAUGAGGAAUUUAAAUAUGUCCGUGCACUAGGAGCAUUGUAUAUGAGAUUGACAGGAUCUUCUUUAGAUUGUUAUAAAUAUUUGGAACCAUUAUUUAAUGACAAUAGAAAGUUGAGAAGGCAAAAUAAGCAAGGUAAAUUUGAAUUGAUCAACAUGGAUGAAUUUAUAGAUGAUCUUCUUAGAGAAGAAAGAUGUUGCGAUGUAAUUCUACCAAGAAUACAAAAAAGACAUGUUCUUGAAGAAAAUAAUGAAUUAGAGGCAAAAGUGUCUGCAUUAGAGGAUGAUAUGGAUGAAGGAAUAGAAUCUUCAGAGGAUGAAGAAAUACCUCCAGUCAAAGAGGACACUCGCAAAAGGACAGAUGAUCAUGACAGAGACAGAGAUCGUCAUAGAGAUCGAGAUAAAAGACAUUCACGUUCCGAUAAAAAAUCUGACAGAGAAAAGCAAAGAUCGAGAAGCAGGGACAGAGACAGAGAUAGACGAGAACGUAAACGGAGUAAAUCUCCUAAAAGCCAUUCAUCUUCGCAUAAAGACAAGGAUAGAGAUAAAGACCGACACAGACGAGACGAUAGAGAUAGGGAAAGAGACCGAGAUCGAGAUCGAAGACGAGAACGUGACAGAGCUAGGCAUUAAAUUAAAACACCAAGUUGUGACAAAUGUUUUACAGGAUAAUUUACUUUUAUAACUAUCAGGUGAAUAAAAAAACAUUACUGAUACA